AUGGCUUAUUAUAAGACUAUCGAUAUUUUAGUAACCGAUCGAGGCUAUCUUUGUAAUAAUUUAGUGGCAAUGGCAGCCAAUAAACCUCAUGUAGUAAUAUCCCCAGGCAGUUUUAAUUUACAUCGCGGUUUACUUGGUAAUCCAUCACCCUUAUCUUAUAUUCCUCAAUUGGGUAGUGGACUUCCGUCAGCUAUGAAUUUUAAACAUAGACUGCUUAAUUGUUUAUUUUAUGUGAUAUGGAGUAGUACACAUUCGAUAUAUUUUCGUUCAACGGUUGAUAAAGUAAAUCGUCACUACAAGAUCAAUCCAUCUAUGAGCGCGGAAGAAACCGAAUAUACACCAUCUCUGCUGCUUAUACCAGCAGAUUUUAUCUUAGAAUUUCCUCGCCCAGUAUUGCCGAACGUUAAAGUUAUUGGACCUAUAACUACCCAACGGGCUAAGCCAUUGCCGAAUGACCUAGAAACAUUUCUGACAGGAAAUACAAAAGUGAUUUAUGUAUCGUUUGGCUCGAUUAUUGAAUCUUUUAGCCAGGAAAAGAUGGAUAUUUUAGUUAAUGCUUUUAAUCAAUUACCUUAUAAAAUCUUAUGGAGAAAUAAAUUUAAUAUAAAAAAUUUAGGUAAACAUGUAAAAGUUCUGCCAUGGCUACCGCAAAAUGAUAUUCUCGGACAUAGUAAUGUAGUUGCUUUCUUAUCUCACUGUGGUCAUAACGGUAUGUACGAAGCUGCAUUUCACGGUGUGCCAAUUCUCGGAAUGCCAAUUCAGUUUGAUCAGUUUGGCAAUUUACAACUGAUCCUACGUGCGGAUAUUGGACUUGGAUUAAAUUUUAAUAACUUGACGUCAAACGACAUAAUCAACGGAAUACAAAAUCUUCUAACUAACGAAAGGUAUAGAAAAAACGCCGAGUAUGUAUCUGCAAUUCUGCAAAGUAAUCCUAGAACAUCAAGGGAAAUAGCGGCUGACUGGAUUGAAUACGUUAUAGCAAAUAAGGGAGCUGAAUAUCUUCGAAUUCAGGCAUAUAAUCAAAGUUUUGUUGAGUAUUAUUUACUGGACGUGCUUUUAGUGUUCGUUAUCGUAAUGACAGUUUUGGUAUAUGUAUUUAGGGCAGUUAUUAGAUUUAUAUAUCAUCGAUGUUGCAAAGUAUAA